AAAGUCCAGCUAACGCACACUUGUCUGAAACUGAAGAAAGUCCAGCUAACGCACACUUGCCUGAAACUGCCUCAGAUCUUCUCCGUUAUUAUGAGCUUUGGAACCGUCACUAUACAAAAUGGCCGAGCCUUAACGAGUUUUCCGACUAUUUACGUGAUGUUCCCAAAGAUCGUGUACAUCAUUCUUUUAAAAUGGAGGUUGAAGUUUUACGAAAAUUGUUUGCGAACGAACACCCUGCUCAGCUACGUCUUAUACAACUGGAAAACCAACUGAAGCUUAUCCCUCGCAAAACAUUUCAGGAUUCUACGAUUAUCGGUGGAUAUCGUCGGAUUAAUAAACAUUACGACAGUUUUUACGAAGCAAGUACACAAUUAGUUAAGCGUAGGCUCUUAGCCGAUAAUGACCAUUCUGAUUCUAAUCACGAAGUAGAUGGUUCAAAAAG